AAUAAAAUAAAUCGAUUGAUUUUGCUGACGACCUGACGUCAACGGUAAAGGGAAUUUUCAUUAAAAAAAAUAAAGUGAUCAUGGAAUUUUGAUUACUUUAAGCAAUUUUUAGAGAAAUCAAGCCAUGAAAGACAAGGAUGAAACACCACCAACAAAACACCUUAUCCACCACAAAAAUUUUGGACCAAACUAAAAAUACAAACCUCAAAAAAACUACUAAACUAAAAACAACACCAUCAUCAAUAUAAUCAAUCUCCAAAACUAGCAUAACCAUCAACAAUGGCAGCAACAGCAGCUUCUUCAUUCGCAUCAUCUCAUCAAUUCCUCACUAAUUCUCCUCGCACAAACCUCUUCUUCCACCCAUCAACCCGGUCCAACUCUACCCAUCUCACCUUUACUCCAAAAGCCUCUUCUGAACCGGACCCUGAACCGAAAUCCGACCCACAAUCCCCUUCUUCUGAUGACGACUUUGAUUCCCGGCUUUCCCGAAUGCGGCUCAAGUACCGGUCUGGAACCGGGAAAAAAGCCGAAAUACGAAAGAUUAAGAAAGGAAAGCAAUCUGAUUCUGUUGGAACCGGGAAAGAACCGGUUUUUUUGCCUCCGGUUCCAUUGACUGAACCGGUCUCAGGUGGUCUGAAGGUGGAUUUUGGGUUUAGUCCUUAUACGGAGCGGGUUAACGGGCGACUCGCUGGUGUAGGACUGGUGGCUUUGUUGUUGGUGGAAUUGGCGACGGGGAAGAGUGUGAUAAGCUAUCAUACACCUUCAAUAGUUUUUAUUCAGAUAUAUUUUAUGGCUGCUGUUAGUGCUGUGUAUUUGAAGUUUGAGAAAGAGAAGGUUAGUGUUUGGCCUCAGACUGAUGCAAAGAAAUGAUUUACAGAUAGCUGCUGCUAUUUUUGUUUCUAAUUCUGUGACAUGUUGUAAAAUGUUUGAGCUAUAGAGUAUAAUUAAAGUUAUGCUGCGUAUAAAUCAUUUUCUGUUGCUGUAAUUCUGUAAAGUUACUGGAUUCGCCACUGUCAUAUACUCUGAAGAUCAGUGAAUGGCUUCUGUAAUGACUCAAUGUAAAGAUCAGGUAAAUAAGGUUACCCUAAUCA